UUAAUUUUUUUCACCCAUUUAGAACAAUAAACACUUUUUUCGCGACAUUCUUUAAGUGCUGACACGUGUCCUAUUGUAAAAAAUUCUAUCCGGCCUCCAUAAUGAAUGUCUUUGACGACGAAAAACGAAAAAGUGUGGAAUUAGCAACCCUAAGUGCCGGGAUUGUCCGGAGAACGCAGGCGCAGGAAUAGCCGCUCGCUAGCCGAUCGGUACCGAAGGAAGAAACGGUGCUAGAUCCGACGUCACAACGCAACGGCCUCUCAAUCCUGCCAAGCGCGGCCGGACGUCCGGGAACUCUUUCUGCCGGCCCAUCUCACCACACUCAACACUCGCCAACGAGGAGGUAGUUUGAAGUCACCAGAGUUACCAAUCUGAAUUCAACCCCAUGCCACCUUCAAACCUCAAUAAAGUUUCCAAAUCCAGAAGGAUAUCCCUCCUUCGAUUUAGCCAAGACCCACUCCUCCACCUCACCCAGCGAUGACGACACCCACAACCUCGUUCAGAGGUGGCGGUUCCAACAGAAAGAUCCCAACUGGCCACCUCAUCGGAAUUGCCAGCCUCAUUCUAUUGUGCCUCGGAAUCAUACAUGGCAAGAAGGCGAUCCUAGAAGGAGACGUAAUGCUGGGGGGCCUUUUUCCCGUCCACCAAAAAGGUGUCAAGACCAAAUGUGGAGCCAUCUUCAAGGACAGGGGUGUUCAGCGCCUGGAAGCUAUGCUGUUUGCCUUGGAGAAGAUUAACAGGGAUCCCACGAUCCUGAAAGACAUCAAACUUGGGGCCAUCAUUCUGGAUACGUGUUCCAGUGAUAGUUAUGCCUUGAAUCAAUCUCUGGAGUUCAUCCGGGCCUCCAUAAACACUGUGGAUGUCACAACAUACGAGUGUGAGGACGGGUCAGCGCCCACCAUUAAAUUCUCGACCAAGCCCAUUACUGGUGUUGUGGGAGGAUCUUACAGUGAAGUGUCUCUGCAGGUGGCUAAUCUGCUAAGGUUAUUUAAGAUACCACAAAUAUCUCCUGCUUCCACUGGUACUUCGCUUAGUGAUAAAACGAGGUACGACUUUUUUGCACGUACAGUACCUCCAGAUACCUUCCAAGCCAUAGCUCUAGUAGACCUUGUACAAAGAUUCAACUGGUCAUAUGUGUCAUUAGUUUCAUCAGAGGGACAGUAUGGUGAUUCAGGCAUGACAGCGUUCCAAAAAGAAGCCAGAAGUCGUAACAUUUGCAUAGCUUUAAAUGAAAAAGUUCCUCACUCAGCUACAGAAGAAGUCUUUGAUUCCAUUUAUCAAAAUCUUUUGCAAAAAAUGAGUGCAAGGGGUGUAGUACUUUUCGCCAGAGCCGAAGAUGCCGCUGGUAUGUUGCGAGCUGCAAUGAGGGCCCAAAAACAUUAUUUCACUUGGGUCGCUAGUGAUGGUUGGGGCAAACAAGAAAAACUAGUAGAAGGAUUAGAACCUGCUGCAGAAGGUGCCAUUACUGUAGAACUAAAAUCGACUGAAAUUUCAGAAUUUAAUGACUAUAUGAAAAAUUUGACUCCAAUGACUAAUCAAAGAAAUCCGUGGUUUGAGGAGUAUUGGGAAAGCGUUUUUGCGUGCACACUUCCCAAAAAUGUAAAACCAGAUUCGAACUCAAGUGUGGUAGUCUGCUCUCCCAAUUUAAGAUUGGAAGAGAGCGUUGGCUUCAUGCAGGAGUCGAAAGUUCAGUUUGUGGUGGAUGCUGUGUAUGCUUUUGCUCACGCGUUUGAUAGUGUUUGGCGAGACUUGUGUGAGCCAAAGGGUGAAUUUUAUUGUAAUGAAAUGAGAACUUUAGAUGGAAGUAAACUGUAUCUAGAUUACAUUCUAAACGUGUCAUUCAUGGAUCUCGGAGGGAACCAGGUGAAGUUCGAUCGUCAAGGAGAUGGCUUGGGACGCUAUACCAUCUACAAUUACCAGUACAAUGAAAACACUAGUUCAUACUACUAUAAAGUCGUCGGUAAAUGGUUCGAUGGUUUACAUAUGGACCUCAAUGAUGUUAAGUGGCCGGCAGGAAAGCUAACAUCCUCAGUAUGCUCUCUUCCUUGUGGCACAGGUGAAAUCAAAAUAACACAAGCAGGUGACGUCUGUUGCUGGAUAUGUCAUCGCUGCGAUCCCUGGGAGUACGUACUAGAUGAAUUCACGUGCCUGGAUUGCGGCCACGGUAGGUGGCCAUAUGAACACAAGCAGAGCUGCUAUGAUCUGGUUCAGCAACACAUGCGUUUCGAUUCCCUCUUCGCCAUAGUUCCUAUGGCCAUAGCCACUUUCGGAAUGAUGCUCACAUUUUGGGUUAUGGUGGUGUUCUUCCGCAACAAUGACACCCCAAUCGUCAAGGCAGCAGGUCGAGAACUGAGCUACCUGCUGCUGACUGGUAUCAUGCUGUGUUACUUAAUGACAUUUGUGAUGCUCGCCAAGCCAACUCCCAUCACUUGCGGCUUCCAACGAUUCGGCAUAGGGUUCUCAUUCGCCAUAAUAUAUGCCUCUCUGCUCACCAAAACUAACCGAAUCUCGAGAAUCUUCGAGAGCGCCCGGCGAUCGGCCCGGAGACCCAGCUUUAUUAGUCCCAAGUCCCAGCUGGCCAUCGCCUCGGUGCUAAUAUCCGUCCAGGUGAUAGGAACAGCGGUGUGGUUUUUGCUUGAACCUCCGGGUAUCCGGCAAUAUUACCCGGAUGGGAAGAGGAAUCAAGUGAUUCUGAAAUGCAGCAUCCGGGACUCAUCUUUUCUUGUGUCGCUCAUCUAUAAUAUGUUGCUGAUAACCAUUUGCACGGUAUAUGCCGUCAAGACCAGAAAAAUACCAGAGAACUUUAAUGAAUCAAAGUUUAUCGGAUUUACAAUGUACACAACCUGUAUUAUAUGGCUCGCUUUUGUACCAAUAUACUUUGGAACAGGAAAUUCUUUUGAGGUGCAAAUAACCACUUUAUGCGUAUCAACGUCCCUUAGUGCGUACGUGGCACUUUUUUGUCUAUUCUCUCCAAAAGUCUAUAUAAUCAUCUUCCACCCUGACAAGAAUGUACGCAAACUCACCAUGAAUAGUGCCACUUACAAAAGGGCUCCCACUAGUAGCACCUGUGGCACUUCCGUCAACCAAGGAAACGGAAAAGGAACAACUGUGGAGCAAGUUAAAUUAAGUGUGCACAUGACGCCAUCGAGAGAACAAACUACGGAAACUGAUAAAGACAGUUUAGCCUCACUGUGAUGAUCAUGCUUCAUAAGUGCUGCACGUCUCCCUUUCCUUUACAGUUUUAAUUUCCUUUUUCACUCAAUGACUCAAGAACCCUUAACUCAGAUCCCUCAAUGACAGAUCCCUGAACUAGUUAAUUAUCGCACUUAUAUUAACCAGAAGACAACAUAAUUACGAAGCAAUCACUAUUAAAAUAAAAACAGCUUCAAACUAAGUAAAUGAUGAAAGCUGUUACAAACAUGAU